GACUCCAUUGACUUUGGUGGAGCACAACUGAUUUACAUCAUGGACUAGAUUCAGAGGCUCGGCCUAUCCCUUACCUCCUUUAGAAUCUCCUCCGUUCUGCAUUUCCUGGGUUUCUAGCACACUGAAUACCCUGCGUGCAGGAAGGGAACAAUCUCAGGAGAAACCAAUUGCCUUCACACUACUUUUUUUUAUAUGAAAAAUCGAGCUUCCUCAUCGAGAGGCCGUCCUUGUUGCAUGACGCAUGGGGCGGGCAAUCUAGUGAUGCAGGGCGAUAAAUCAAUUCCCCCCUCCUUCCUCAUCCCCGUUGUCAUGACAAUUUUCUCCCUCGUAUAGGCUGCGCAUUCCCCGUCUCUGGCUGGCCCAUGAUGGCUUUUUCAGCACGGGUCUCACAAGACGACAGCUAUGAACGUGAGGUCUCCGUGGGGAUGGCAUCUCUGGGGUCUCUGGCCAAGUGCCUGGCCCACGAGGGGACAGACCCGGACAAGCAUGAGAAGAUUAAGGGACACUGUAGAGAUGCUUUGGAGACAAUGAAGGCUGCGGAGAAGGCGUUAGAAGCCCACAGGAGUGCCGUCAGUGACCAAAUCGGGGAAGGGCACAUCCAAACGAAAGGGCUGGCAGAUGAGCAGAAGCAAAAGGGAAUGAAGCUCAGUCAGCUGGAGAUCCAAAUGAAGAACUGUGAACAGAUGAGCUCCCGCAUCCGAGACCAGGUGACCAUGGCUGAGACCCACCUGCAGGAGCUGACGACACUGCUGAGGAAGGCGAGAAGGGAGGAAAAGUGUUUUAAAAUCCUUUUCAGCAUCACCCUGGUGCUCCUGCCUCUUUACUGUCUUCUAGUUUCGAUGAAAUUCUUUCAAGAAGCUCUCCAAGUGACUGAUACGCAGCCACUUUUCCUCUCAGCUAGCAUCGUGACCAUCAUCUGUCUGGUCUCUACGUGGGUGGCGCAGAAAGCCGGCCUGGAGCUGCAAAAAGCCAUCGACCAGUACCAAGUGCAGGUGUCCGACUACAGAAAGGAGGGCUAUGUAUGUGACAAAGAGAAGGCAGAAAUCAAGGAGAAGAUUGAAGACAUCACAGCCGGACAGGAGAAAAUUAAAGAGGCCAGCGAUGAACUGGGAAAGCUUUUAAAAGUGCUGCAGGAAAAGAAGCUUGAGCUGGAAAAACACAAGCUGUUUGUGAGAAAGCUGACAGAGAAGGUCGACACGCUAGAAACAUACAUCGAUGAUCCCUCAGACUAUGAAACUGCCACCAUAGUUUUGGAGGAGAUUAAUCAGUUAGUGCUGUCAGAGGUGGGGAAGGGAGGACAGGGGAGCUUGGGGUUCACUGAUAGAGAAGCAAUAAAGAAAAUGGCUGAGGAACUAAACCAUGUGGCUCAAAAGCUUAGGGAGAGGAAGGGCAGGAAUUUUUAGAGCUGAGAUAAACCAGGGCAGAAGGGAUUAGGCGUUUCAGUGGGCCUGAGACUGACCCCAAUUACUCCAGAUUUACACCAGGGUCACUGAGAUCAGAAUCCAGCCUUGACUCCACUGCUGCCCCUGGGGUCUCUGUGGAUUCGUACUAUGUUAUGUCAGUGUAAGUGAGCAUAAGGCCGUUUUUGGCCACACCUCUGUGUCUGCCUUGAGAAAUACAAAACACUAAAUGAAAUUUCGAUUUAAUGGAGGUCAACAGGAGCUUAGCAACUGACUUCAGUAUGAGCAAGGUUUUAUGCCUUCCCAUGUCAGGCCUGCCCCAGUUUUUACAGGUAAUCAUAUUGGAGCUCAAUAGAAAUAUAGCUGAAGCGUUUUCUGCUUUUAAUUAAAGGGAAGGGGCAUAUUGAUCGUUAGCAAAGAACAUUUUUCUCCCAAGAAAUUGUGGACAUUUGAGUUAAGUAAGUGGCCUCCAAAUCUAUUUUGAAUAAAUAUCUCUUUACC